CGACCGCCGGCGGACAUGCCGCUUGCCUAAUUUUUGGAUUUGGUGAGAAAAAAAAAACACAUUGCAAACGCGUCUGCGCGUAGGAGUUAGGAAGAAGAGGUCUCUGUAUUGUAGGUGUGUCUCAGCGUCAAUGUCCUCCGAUAUUUUGCUGUUGUUAGUUCAUCAAUUCAGUCUAGUAGGUGGGGGAAUGUCUAUAAAGUUUUAGCAAAGAUAGUGGUAAAUUUUUUCAAAAAAGGUGAGAUUUUCCAAGAUGUCACCCGGAAAGUGAAAUUUUUGGUUUUGUGGGAACCUUGCUUAAAAUCUGUGAAUUCCUGUGGAAACGUUGACUUAGUGCCGGUGUUGUUGAACCAUUCAGUUUUUUUCUUCACUUAAUUCUUGACUAGGCAACAACCUGGAAGCAGUAUCUGUCAACUGUCAUCUCUUUGAAUUCUUCCACAUGACGUGUAUUUAGGGGAAAACGAAGUACUUCCUGACAGCUGAUGCCGAAAACGACGAUGGGGCAAUGCUGGUGUAGUUGCUUGCUACUUGUGGCCAAGAUUGGUACCCCUUCAAACAAAAAUAUGACAGAAUCGGAAUAUCUGAAUCAUGGUAGCAGUGUCAAGAGGCUUGAACGGCAUUGGUCUAGCUCUGGUCAUACCAGCAGUCCAGUCGCUGGUCGCCGACUCCACUGACGACGACAACCGUGGUGCCGCUUUCGGCUGGCUGCAGCUGACCAGCAGCAUAGGCUCCAUAUUUGGGGGGUUCUUUGCCUUGAUGCUGGCACAAACCACAUUCUUGGGGAUCGCUGGAUGGCGCAUCGCCUUCCAUCUCGUCGCAAUCGUCAGCGUCAUCGUAGGCCUUCUCGUGUGGCUCUUCGUCGUGGAUCCCCAUUUCCCCGCGAACAACAUCGGCUCGCAUGCCGCACCGAUGAGCAAAAAGUCUGCACUGGAAGAGGCGAGGGAGCUUAUCAUCGAGGCCAAGUCUAUAAUUCAGAUCCCAACGUUCCAGGUCUUCGUUGCUCAGGGUGUCAGCGGCUCGUUCCCAUGGUCAGCGCUGUCCUUCAUGUCCAUGUGGCUUGAGCUCAUCGGGUUCAGCCAUGAGGAUACUGCCAUUUUCACGACAAUCUUCGCGGUCGCCACCUCCAUUGGCGGUCUUCUUGGUGGCAAGAUGGGGGAUUUCCUCGCCCAGCGGUACCCGAACGCCGGGAGGAUCAUCCUGUCGCAGAUAAGCGCUGGCUCAGCUGUUCCAUUGGCUGCUGUUCUUCUGCUGGGGCUGCCUGAUGAUCCAUCCAGAUCCAGUGGUGUAGCCCAUGGGCUUGUUUUGUUCAUCAUGGGACUCAUCAUCUCCUGGAAUGGAGCUGCUACAAACUGCCCGAUCUUCGCGGAGAUUGUGCCCGAGAAGCAAAGAACAAGCAUUUAUGCUCUGGACAGGACUUUCGAGUCUAUUCUUGCUUCAUUUGCGCCUCCUGUCGUCGGCUUAUUGUCGCAGCACCUCUAUGGUUUCAAACCGGAUGACAAAGGGAGCAGCCCUGAACAAGACCGGGAGAACGCUGCAUCGCUGGCCAAGGCGCUGUACACGGCCAUUUCCAUACCAAUGGUAAUCUGCACCUCCAUAUACACUUUCAUGUACCGCACUUACCCUCGAGACAGGGAGCGUGCGCGCAUGCAGUCUAUGAUUCAGACAGAGUUGGAUCAGAUUGAACUUGGGGGUUCGCAUUUUGGAUGUGGUGACGACAGGUUUGAGCUCUUUGAUACGGUGAACGCUGGUGAAAAAAAUGAUCAGGUUGAUGGCAGUUAUGGCACUGAAGAAUCUGCUGAGGCCGAUGCUGGCACUGAAAAACUACUAGGAAACCAUGAGUAGUGACAAACCACGAGUCUAGGAAAGAGGAUACUUCUGCAGAUUUUAGGAAAUUGUAACACGGCAAUGAAUGUGAUUGACCAAAGUGAACAUCUUUGUUUAUGCUGCUACUGCUACUAUGCAACACAUCCCACUGACUUGGACACUUCGUGAUCUACAUGAGCUUCAAUGUUUUUCUA